GCUAGCUCUAAUCUGGUGAGCCGCAGCGUGCCCUGGCCACGGCCGACCGCUAUUAACGCAACGGCAGUGCAGUGACUAUUUUUCCAACGGUGUGCUGACUGAUUGGUUUUUGACGGUGACGAGAGGUCCGGUGGCGCGCUCAAGGCUCUUGCGAUUUGAUGGCCAAAAUCAAGGGAGACUUGUUAUAAUUUAAAAUGGAGGACGACAUAGAUAAAACAAUAAAAUGAGCCCAACAAAGGUUGAAACAAGAAAAGGAUGCGUCCGAACGCCCCAUUUCGAUAUACUAUGGCUGCCGAGAGCGGCCCUGCGCUCCGUGGAGGGCGACCCAUCCGACUGCGUGCUGGUGGUCGGUGUCUCGCGACCGAAGAUGGCUCUGGCCAUCUUGACCGUGAUGCUUCUAUCGCUCUUCCUCACCUUCCACAUGAUUUAUGACAGCGCCCUUAACAGCCUCCAUCAAGUCGACCACGAGCGCUCCCGCCCCCCAAUAUUGCUGCUGUCGCGGCGGUUGUAUCCGGCGGCCGCGAGGAGGCUUCCGCAGGCCAUCAUCAUGGGGGUGAGGAAGUGUGGCACCAGGGCGCUUUUGGAGAUGCUGUACCUGCACCCCCGGGUGCAGAAAGCGGCAGGGGAGGUACACUUUUUCGACCGAGAUGACAACUACAACAAGGGGUUGGAGUGGUAUAGGAUGCAGAUGCCGCAUUCCUAUCACGGCCAGAUCACAAUAGAGAAGAGUCCCAGUUAUUUCGUUACGCCGGAGGUUCCCGAAAGAAUCCGAGCAAUGAAUGCUAGCGUGAAGCUUCUUCUCAUAGUGCGCGAGCCAGUGACGCGCGCAAUCUCCGACUACACUCAGCUGCGAGCGAACGCGGCAACCGCGCCUCCAACGCUCCCCACCCCUCCCCCCAAGUCCUUCGAGCAGCUGGCCCUCCACCCCAACGGCUCCAUCAACGAGGCCUAUCGCCCCCUGGCCAUCUCCGUCUAUCACAACUAUCUGCACAGGUGGUUGGAGGUAUUUCCCCGGGAGCAGAUACUCAUAGUGAACGGGGACCUUCUGAUAGAAGACCCGGUUCUGCAGAUCCAAAAAAUCGAACGUUUCCUCGGCCUGGAACCGCGCAUCGGCACCCAAAACUUUUACUUCAAUGAAACCAAAGGUUUCUACUGCCUGCGAAACGAAACAUCCGACCGAUGUCUGCGAGAGACCAAAGGCAGGAAACACCCCAGGGUGCAAGCGGGAGUGGUGUCGAAAUUGAGGAAAUAUUUUUUGGAGCACAACCAGAAGUUGUAUGAGCUGCUCGGUGAAGAUUUGGGAUGGCCAGAAGAAUAAUAUUAAGUUAGAUAUAUUAAGUUUUUUUGUAUGGUUUGUAUGGUCUACUGGUGUAGUUUUAAACCAUGUCUUGGUACAUAAAUUUUACAAGUAACUUAGACAUAUCAUAAUUGUGAAAAUAUUAUAUUAAGUAUUUUACAAAAAAACGUAUUUUUUGUACCAAGAUAAAUACUAGAAAGUCACAAUGGGAUAGUUAUUUUAUUACAUAUUCAAAAACCAUAAAAAGAAUUUUUGAAAUAAAAACACCCAUUGUGUAAUAUUUUGCUCAAUUUCUAGAUACCAAUUUUUUAUCACAUACAAAAUAUAAAGAGUUGUGCAAUAAGUUACCAAAUACAUAUCAAAAAAGUACCGUGUGUUUCACAAAAUAUAC